GUUCAAUUUGGGUUGUACAAAUAUUAAUCAAUUUCUUAAAUUAACUCAUUCUGCAGCUGGAGUGUUUGGUACAGCUGAUAUACUAUUCGAGUCCCAAUUGAGAGGAUUGAAACUCUCAGAAAGACUUGGAUUGGGUUUUAGCUGCAAUGGAAACACUGUUGCUUAUCUUGCAGGAAGCCCUGCACCUUUGAGUGCUUAUGGCAUAGACAAAAAUAGUUUCUCAAAAAUACCCUUCCAAGAAAGGCCGGGACCAUCCAUUUCUUCGUCAUACACUUCCUCACUGGGAUUCACAAUUCAGAGUGCAAUACUCCCAACCGCGUAUCCUUACUUGCUAUUUAAAGGAAUUACAACUUACGGAUGGCCACGUGGCUCGUGGUUCUUACAUGGUGUCAUAGACAAGCUAAAGCACAUGUUAGGACUCCAAGACAGCAAAGCAAUGAUUCUCAAUGCAAUGGGAUACGAUGAGAGUGAUGGAAAAAUAACAUUUGAAAAGAACACAAACAAAAUAUGUUUUAGUCCACCUCACGAUCCUAUACUUCCACGAAAGGUUGAGGCCUUCCAAAAGCUUACUAAAAAAUUAGGGGGAAUUUUGUUCAUGUCAAGGUUUAGGAGCACAUCAGUUCAUCUUCUAGGGGGUUGCAAUGCAUCAUCAGACUCUUCACACGGGGUUUGUAACCCCAAUGGUCAAGUAUUUGACAAAAAGUCUCAAACCUCAGUGUACCAAGGCCUAUACGUUUGUGACGCCUCGUUAAUACCUUGCUCAGUUGGCGUAAAUCCAUGUCUAACCAUAGCUGCCUUAGCUGAGCACGUAAGCAGGCACCUUGUGGAGGAUGUCCUCAAGAACAAAAGAAAACAAAAUACAGUUUCUUAUCCGAAGCUCGGUUCAAUCACUAGCAUGAAGUUUGGAAGAAGCCCGGAAUCGAUGGUUGUGUUUAGAGAAACUAUGAGAGGGUAUGUGGGAGGUAUGCCAUGUGAAGCUUAUCUGAAAUUGAAGAUGAAUUGUAAUACUGAUGAGAAGGAAAUGCAUAGAAAUAGUACAAUUUUGGGAGUUUCUCAUCAGCUAUUAAGGGGUAAAGUUGGUGGAUAUGUUGAAUUUAAGGCAUUGGAGAUGGAUAAGUUACAUGUCAUAGAUGGGGAAGUUGAUUUGUGUCAAUUGGACAACAGAACUCCAUACACACAGUGUAUGCAUUAUCGACUCCUCCUUGCAGCCUCUUCUGGUUCCAGAUAUGUUCUUGAAGGGAAGAAGGUAUUGAAUCCUUAUCUCUAUGCAUUAUAUGCAUGGAGGGAGACAACAACAAUGAAUGUGACACUCAAUAGAGUCUCUAUGGACGGUUCAAAGGAAAAAAUGUUGAAAUUAAAAGGGAAGCUGAGUAUUUCCAUGAUAGAGCUCCUCAAGAGCUUGAUAAGCCUAGAAGGGAACAUGAGGGGUAGGUUUGUGUGCCUUGUGUUGCAGACUCUCUUCAGAACUUACUUCUCACAAGUGCCGCGAGGGUGUCACAAGGACUUCAACCCACCAGAACUCCACCUAAGGCCUUAUCCAAGCAGUACUCUGCAUGAGGUGAAAACAGAGGAUGGGUUUAUCAUCAGUUGCAGACAAUGGAAAUGCAAUCAGAGUCCGUGGAGGCCUCAAGGGGAAAAGAAACUAAAUCCAGUACUACUAAUUAAUGGGCAUUCCACAGAGAGUUAUUGCCUACCAACAGAACCAAAUGAUUUGGUUAGAACUCUACUAGAUGAAGGCCAUGAAACAUGGUCACUUCAACCAAGAUUACACCCUCUGAAUCCUUCCAACAACUUCACCAUUGAGGAUAUUGGCAAAUUUGAUAUACCUUCUGAGGAUGGGUUUAUCAUCAGUUGCAGACAAUGGAAAUGCAAUCAGAGUCCGUGGAGGCCUCAAGGGGAAAAGAAACUAAAUCCAGUACUACUAAUUAAUGGGCAUUCCACAGAGAGUUAUUGCCUACCAACAGAACCAAAUGAUUUGGUUAGAACUCUACUAGAUGAAGGCCAUGAAACAUGGUCACUUCAACCAAGAUUACACCCUCUGAAUCCUUCCAACAACUUCACCAUUGAGGAUAUUGGCAAAUUUGAUAUACCUUCUGUGAUCAAUAAAAUCCAUAGUAUGCAUGGGCCAAUGACAAAGGUACAUGUGGUUGCACACUGUGUUGGAGGGUUAGCCAUACAUAUAGCUAUUAUGGGAGGCCAUGUCUCUGCAACUCAAAUAGCUUCUUUGACUUGCACCAACUCUUCAAUGUUCUUCAAGCUCACUCCUUUAGCCACUUUCAAAAUGUGGCUUCCCCUCAUCCCUAUAUCAAUGAUGAUCCUAGGCAAGAACAAGAUCCUCCCUCUCUUCAAAUCACCAUCCUCCACUCCCCGGCACCGCCUACUCAAAUUCAUCGCCCGUCUCAUCCCCCGCUCCGAGCGAUGCACGUGUGACGAAUGUGAAGUCUUCUCAGGCAUCUUUGGCAACACAUUCUGGCACGACAACAUAAGUCCUGCCAUGCACUACCAAUUAAAACACACCCUCCCACGGCUUCCCAUGGCCGCAUUCCCUCACCUCAGAAGGAUUUGCAACGUGGGCUUCAUCGUGGGCCCCAACGGAGAAAACUCAUACGUCACACAUCCCGAGAGAAUGACAAUCUCCUCACUUUACGUGUCAGGUGGGCGGACUUUGCUUGUGACUCCCAAGACUUCUUUUUUGGCUCACAAGUACAUGAAAUUGCACCAACCUGGUUUUAGGCAUGAGAGGGUGGUGGUGGAGGGCUUUGGGCAUUCAGAUUUGUUGAUUGGGGAAGAGGCUUAUUUGAAGGUUUUUCCUCAUAUUUUAGAACAUAUUAGAUUGGCCGAAGAAGGAAGAGAUUGUGUGGUGGUGGGUGGUGUGAGGAAUAAUAAUAAGUAUGAUAAAGAGGUUUUGGAAUGGGGUGAUGAUCCAUUUGUGGAAGAGAAUGGGGGAUUUUGGAGCUGUGUUUCUCCUAUGGUUACCAUCUGGUUGCUUUUGUUGUUUUUAGUUGUGGUUGUUUAUAUUUUGCUUUAGAAUUCUGUUUGGUUGAUGAGAAAAUAUGGGAAAGAGAAGCAAUCAAACCUUUUGUGAUAAAAAGUGAUCAAAGGGGAGUCUAAUUUUGUGUUAAAAGUUUAUUAAUUUAAUGAUUGAAUGAGUGCUCUGAUGGAAAUGUUUAGAUCCUAAAAUUAGAGGACCAUUGUCCCAUUUUACUUUAAUUUAAACUUUUAGGAUGGGAUCAUUGGACCAUGGAAA